AAGCAACCACAUGGUGGACUUUAUUGACCCACCGCCUUUGACAAACCCUACAGAGGUCAAACAUGUCUUGAUUCUAUUUAUAUGUGUCACGUAAGCCUACACACUUCUCACUGAAAGCACGCUCAAGGAUGAGGAGAUCCUUGUGAAACUUUCUCAGCACAAAAGCGUUUUCAUUGGUUUCAAGAACUGACAGGCUAGAUAGGGCUCAAUAAUAAUUCUUUGAUUCAUUCAAAAGCCAUCAUAAACUUGAACAAUAAAAAUACAAAUAAAAAGGAAUUUCAGGAUGAACACAAACCGUGCUGUGUGAGUUAUGCCAACUGCAUGUCCCCUUAAAGCAACAACGUUGCCUUGGCACAUGAUACAUUCUUCUGACAGAUGCUCGGUCUUGUAAGGCCGCUUGAGUGUCCGAGUUGGCAGCAUGACGCGCUAAUAUACCGAGCGGCUCACUUCUCCUUAACCCACGCGUUUCCCCGCUAUAGGCCUAUCUGUAAACCUUAUUUCUAUGCUUACAAAUGAGUAACUUUCUGUACUAGCCUAUCUGCGCGUUUGUAAUCCCAUGUAUAGUGGAUGAAAGGAACUAUUUGACAGUGCAGGUCUUCCGGCAGCACUAAGUCAAUCAACUGCAGUGUAGCUAGAUCUAGGAUUAUCACUGGGACUUUUAUCACAGAACCGAGCGGUUAAUGUCGCGUGUGAGUCGCGUUAUUCGACUUUAUUCCUUCAUCGUGUCGUCACGGAAUAAACCGAGAUUCAAUCAUGACAGAGACGCGCAUUUCGCGCUGGUACUUCGGAGGAAUUGCCUCGUGCGCGGCCGCCUGUUGCACUCAUCCACUGGACUUAAUAAAGGUUCAUCUGCAAACCCAGCAGGAGGUGAAGAUGAGGAUGACUGGCAUGGCUAUGCAGGUGGUGCGCAGUGAUGGGGUGCUAGCACUCUACAAUGGGCUCAGUGCUUCACUCUGCAGGCAGAUGACUUACUCAAUGACCCGCUUUGCCAUUUAUGAAACUGUGAGAGACAAGAUAUCUAGUCAAAACCAGGGGCCCAUGCCCUUCUACCAGAAGAUCUUGCUGGCUGCUUUUGGAGGUCUUACUGGUGGGUUUAUUGGGACACCAGCGGACAUGGUUAAUGUCAGAAUGCAGAAUGAUGUGAAGUUGCCACCUGAAUUAAGAAGAAACUAUGCACAUGCUCUUGAUGGAUUGGCACGUGUCUGGAAAGAAGAGGGAAUAAGGAAGCUGUUCUCUGGAGCGUCAAUGGCAGCUAGUAGAGGGGCCAUGGUCACUGUGGGGCAGCUCUCCUGUUAUGACCAGGCCAAGCAGCUGGUUCUGGGAACUGGUUUGAUGACUGAUAACAUUUUCACUCACUUUGUUGCUAGCUUCAUUGCGGGAGGUUGUGCUACUGUUCUCUGUCAGCCUAUGGAUGUGGUGAAAACCAGACUGAUGAAUUCAAAGGGGGAAUACAGGGGGGUGAUUCAUUGUCUGUCUGAUACUGGAAAACUCGGACCUAAAGCUUUCUACAAGGGCCUUGUCCCAGCUGGAAUCCGCCUGAUUCCUCACACUGUACUUACUUUCAUCUUUCUGGAGCAGCUCCGAUUGUACUUUGGCAUUAGAGUCGUCACCUCUACAUGAACUCUGACACAAAAGCUCCUGGUAUUAACAUCAGUUUCAGGUGAUCCCUUCACAAGUAGACAGUAAUAAAAUCCAGUGUAAAUGGGGUCCAAAACAUUCUGUGAUCGAAUCACUGAAACCAAAUAAGGUGGACAGAAACACAAUUCGAACCACGAAGGGCCACCUACUCACCUGUCAGUCAUUCUUUGUGCUAAAGCAAUGGUCUCAAACAACGUAUCCAAUUAUUUAUGCCUUUAAAAGAAAAUAACCGAAUCAAAAUAUUUGGAAAAUCCUGUAAUUACAUGCACAAGACUUCAUGGAAACUCAGUUGCAGUUUUGAAGUUCAGUUCAUAAAUGAAUAUGCCUCAAAAUGUCACACUUGUGGUGAGAUUAAAAUUUGAAACUUAUUUGGAAGCAACAAUGUUCUCAACCUUUUCUUGUGGGUGACCACUUGUGACUAAAUUAACCAAGAUGAAUGUUAAUACCAGGUGUAAACAGCUCCAAAAUGCACCUGACUGCUACAGUGUAGAGCAAUGGGCUGUAGUUCCAGGGAAGCACUGGCCAAGGAACCUGAUUGAGAAGGAGAAAACUACUGUUGACAACAGUAGUACCUUUCUUUAGCGGUCUCUUUUUUUACUAAUAAUCAUUUUGCAGUGCCAUUAUUAUUAACAUUCAAGUUGCCUGCAUGUGAUAAUGUUUGCCAUAUAUACUCAAUUUGUCAUUUAUGUUCUGUUGAUUGUGUGAUGUAGACCUUGGCCCGUUGUCUUUGUGAUCAUUUUUUUUUUUAAAGCGUCUUUUUUCAUUUACCUGAAAUGAUCUCAAACUGGAAUUGAUAGAAAACAUAAUUUCACAAUCACAAUAUUUAAAUGUAUGACCUUUUGUGUGUUCUAUUGAUUAAGUGUUUAUUUAAUGAGAACCCAUCUUAAACCAUAAAAACCUACUGGUGUCAUUGCUGUCAUUACACUGAAUAAUGUAAUACAUGUAAUGUCCUACAGGUAGCAGUGCUGCAUCGUCACUAACUCAAUGGUGUGAGCGUAAACUCACGCUUUCAUGUGGUGGGAAAGUGUCAG